GUCAAUAAAUUUUCUUGAUCCAUAUAAAUUCCCCCCACACACUUCACAACAUACACCAUCCCCAUCUCACUUUCACCACCAAAUCGAUUCCUGCAACCUUGAGAUUUUGUUAGAUUUUUAUGGAGGAGAAUUUGAAUUUGGGAUGAUGAUUGCAAUGGAAAACCCAGUGGGUACUGAACUAGCAAUGAACAAUGCUAGUGUUGUUGUUGAAGUAAUUGAAUUUUCCUGUGAACCAUACAUAGGGUUAGAAUUUGAUACAUCAGAUGAGGCGCUUAAGUUUUAUGAAUCAUAUGCAAAGCGAACAGGAUUUAAGGUUCGGAUUGGUCAGCUGUACCGGUCGAGGACUGAUGGGUCUGUUUCUUCUCGAAGAUUUGUCUGCUCAAAGGAGGGUUAUCAGCUCAGUUCAAGAACAGGUUGUCCAGCAUUCAUAAGGGUGCAAAGACAAGAUUCUGGGAAGUGGGUUGUUGAUCAUUGCUUCAAGAGCCACAAUCAUGAUCUUGAAACUGAAAGUGCAUAUUGCAAUCCAGAUUUGAAGCAGAAGGGUGCUGCAACUAUCAAUUCUUUUGUUAAUGUGCCCCACAGGCGAAGGAAGAAGAAAUUGUUGCUUGGAGAAGCCAAGGUUAUUGAUUUCAAACGCCUGAGAAAAGAAGGGGGUGAUGGACAGUCUAAGUUUGAACCAUUUGUAGGUCAAGUGUUCAAUUCAGCUAAUGAAGCCUACCAAUUUUAUCAUGCAUAUGCAGCAUCCGUUGGUUUUGGAGUCCGAAUUGGUCAGCUGUUUCGUUCGAAGAAUGAUGGCUCGAUCACAUCCCGUCGAUUUGUGUGCUCGAAGGAAGGGUUUCAGCACCCUUCGAGAGUUGGUUGUGGGGUUUAUUUGAGGAUUAAGAGUCAGUCAUCUGGCAAGUGGGUAGUGGACCGUCUCGAAAAAGACUACAAUCAUAAUCUGGAUAUGGAAAAAGAGUGUAGACAAAAUCACAUUAAAGAUGACUGGUAUACUGUGCUUUUACAGUAUUUCCAAUCAAGACAAGCCGAAGAUACAGGAUUCUUUUAUGCUGUGGAAGUUGAAAACGGUAAAUGCAUGAGCAUAUUUUGGGCUGAUGGAAGAUCUAGAUAUUCAUGUAGUCAGUUUGGCGAUGUCCUUGUUUUAGACACGUCUUAUCGAAAAACUGACUAUUUGGUACCCUUCGCUACUUUUGUUGGCGUUAACCAUCACAAGCAACCUGUGCUUCUUGGAUGUGCUCUAAUUGCUGAUGAAUCUGAGGAGUCUUUCACCUGGUUGUUUCAGACUUGGCUGAAGGCAAUGUCUGGUCGGCAACCCCUCUCAAUAAUAGCUGAUCAAGACAUUGCAAUCCAGACGGCAAUAGCUAAAGUCUUUUCGGAAACCCAUCAUCGCUUUUCAUCAUGGCAAAUUAAGGAAAAGGUACAAGAUAAUCUGGGUCUGAUGGGCAAUGAAUUUUUAAAUGAUUAUGAAAAGUGUGUUUACCAGAGUCAAGCAGUUGACGAAUUUGACACUGCAUGGAAUGCCUUGCUCAACAAAUACGGAUUGAAGGAUAAUGCUUGGUUAAAAGAGAUGUAUGAGAAGCGUGCAUCGUGGGUUCCAAUAUAUUUGAGGGGAUUUUUUUUCGCUGGCAUUCCCAUUAAUGAUAGUGUUGAUUCAUUCUUUGGUGCACUUUUAAAUGCCCAAACACCUGUCAUGGAGUUCAUUUCACGGUAUGAGAGAGGCCUUGAGCGACGUCGGGAAGAAGAAAGAAAAGAGGAUUUAAAUGCUUCCAAUUUUCAAACAUCUUUGCAAACAAAAGAACCGGUUGAAGAACAAUUUAGAAGGCUUUACACUCCUACCAUAUUCAAAGUAUUUCAAAAAGAGCUUUUGCAAUGCUAUAGUUAUCUCGGAUAUAAAAGCUAUGAAGAAGGGGGGCUUAGCAGAUAUUUGGUGCGGAGGUGCGGGAAUGAUCUGGAGAAGCAUUUUGUUACAUGUAUUGCGUCCAAUCUAGGCAUUAGUUGCAGCUGUCAGAUGUUUGAGCAUGAAGGUGUCCUUUGUAGACAUGUUUUAAGGGUUUUCCAAAUAUUGGAAUUGAGAGAAGUUCCGUCUCGCUACAUCUUACACCGAUGGACAAGAAAUGCGGAUGAUGGUGUUUCUGACAUUGAAUCCUAGAGUAGCUCUCAGAAACUGAGGAAUUUGAUGUUAUGGAGUUUAAGAGAAACUGUCUCAAUUGAAACGUAUAAACUUGCUUCUGAGAUUUUGCGAGAGGGUGGAAGGAAGCUCUGUUGGUAUAGGUGAAUACUUCUAUUUUGUGCGGGGUUGUACAUAGCUGCACAAUUAAACAUUAUAGUUUGUGAUGUUCUUUCUAGUGACAUUUAUGCCUUUAUAACAAAAAUUCCAAUGUUUUUCUUGCAUAGAUGAUAACAAUACUUUAAUUUUAAGCCAAUGAUGCAUGGUUUAGGAUUGCAGUUUCUUUUAACCAUUGGUUUGCACAAUGGAGAUUGUGUUGUUGACUCCAUAAAUGAAAUGACGCCAGUUCUUUUAUGGCAUUUUGAUAAUACUAGGGACCUUUUGAUAUGGUAUCAUUUUCAAUCCCUUCAGUCUUCACA